UUCUCUUCCAGGACAUUACUGUUCGGCAGUUCCAUUACAGGAUUUACGGUGGCCGCGACAGGUCAAUCCCAGUAAACCGAACUCGGUGGGCAGGAAGGCGGACGAGCCUGGAGCUGGGAUCGCCAUGGAGACCCUCUACCGAAUGCCGUUUUUGGUGCUGGAAUGCCCCAAUAUUAAACUGAAGCGGCCGAGUUGGGUGCACAUGCCCUCGGCCAUGACGGUCUACGCGCUGGUGGUGGUUUCUUACUUUCUCAUCACGGGAGGAAUAAUUUAUGAUGUGAUUGUAGAACCUCCUAGUGUUGGUUCAAUGACUGAUGAACAUGGACAUCAACGACCUGUGGCAUUCUUGGCAUACAGAGUAAAUGGGCAAUAUAUAAUGGAAGGGCUUGCAUCCAGUUUCCUCUUUACAAUGGGUGGACUUGGUUUCAUAAUACUGGAUCGUUCCAAUGCACCAAAUAUCCCAAAGCUGAAUAGAUUCCUGCUACUUUUUAUUGGAUUUGUGAGCGUCUUGUUGAGUUUUUUCAUGGCGAGAGUCUUCAUGCGAAUGAAAUUACCGGGCUACUUGAUGGGUUAAUGCCUUUUCUGAAUGCUGCAGAUUGAAGAUUGUAUUUCCUUCUCAUUAGGAAGAAGAAUGGAUAGCAACAAUACAUAGCCCCAUCAUUCCUAUCUAAAGCCACAAGAUAGAGAGAAUGAGUUAAACUAGAUAAAAGAUUGUUCUCUCAUUUUCUCCUUAUAUAAACAGGAUUUAUUGCAGGCAGCUUAACAAAUGUGUCCCUAUUGUUCUGCAGUAUUUAAAAAAGCGACAUUCUCAUGUUAUCAGACCUAAGUGUAUUAUGUCGGUGCAAUAGAAUCACAACUCUACAAUCCUAUUCCCUAUCCUUCAUGAUCAACCUCAGAGUAAUAAUUCUAUACUCUCUUGUAAUACCUUGGCUCGGUCUAUCUACCUGUGAGAGAAUCUAUUUUGAAAAUGUGAAGGUAAAAUUAACUUUUUCCAUAUUUAUAAAUAACAACAACUGGUCAGUGAUUGCCACUGUAUGUUUAGGAGUUUGAUCAAGAAAACAGAAAAGCAACUAGUUUUGUGCUCACCUUUGGAUAAGCCAACGCAGAGGACAGACAAGAUCAAGUACUUACAAGAUAUGAAAGAGAGGAGAGUUGGUGGAUUGUGGCGAAUGCCUGCCUGAGGGUGGACGCCACCUCCCUCUAGCAUUACUGGCAAUCGGUGCUUUAAAAUAUUCCAGGUAAUACAGUCUUCUAGCCACUUGCAAAGGCACUGAAAAAUAACUCUUCCUGCACAUGGAUUUGUAUCUGUGUUGUGUUAUGAAGAAAAGAUUACACUGACAUUCAUGUUAGUAGAUGAAUCUAAACAUAUGCAAAAUAAAACCCUGAAUUGUAUGAUAGUAAUUGUUUCUUUACAAUUUUUGAAAACAUUAAACAUUUUUCUAUUAAAA